CCAUGGAGAGGGGAAUGUUUGGCAUCUUGCUAAUCUCAGGCCUAUGCAUUUUUGCAUCCUCUCUUCUUAACCGUCAGUUCCACUUCAUCAACGAGUCCAAAACUUGGCCUGAGGCCCAGCAUUACUGCAGAGAGAAACACACUGAUUUGGCCACCGUCAACGACUUGCGGGACCUCAGGGAACUGAUUACUCUGACUGAGUCCAGCCAUCCCUAUGUAUUCUUAGGUUUGUACAGAGGCUGGGGUUGGUCACUGUCAGACGAUGAUGGCUACGAAGAGGAAGAACCGACCUACUGGAACUGGGCGACUGGGCAACCCAGAACACAUUACUGUGGGAGCAUGGGACCGACUGGAGAAUGGUUUGCUACAAACUGCAGUGUUAGGUUGGAGUUCCUCUGCUACAGCGGGUCCGUCACUGAUAUUUCUCAAAGGUUUACUUUGGGGAAGGGCUCCAUGAGCUGGCUCGAUGCCCAGGCUUAUUGCAGGAAACUGCAUACAGACCUGGCCAGAGUGCAGAACCAGCUUGAAAGUGUGGAGCUGCAGAAUGUCGUGAAGAACAAGUCGGUCUGGAUCGGGCUGACUCAGAUGUCCUGGAUGUGGUCCGAUGGAAGCCAACCCUCAUUCGUGCCCUGGAAACCGUUUAAGCCCCUGCUUUAUGGACCUGGCGAUUGUGGCAUGCUGGAUGUCAACAGCAAGCCUCUUGGAAUGACAGACAGGAAGUGCGAUGAAAAGGCGCCCUUUCUUUGCUACGGUGGUCCACGGAGGAAACACUUGGUUAGACUGAAGCUGAAUGCUGAUCAUGUGGAUGUGAAAAAUCCGGCGGUGUUGGACUCAGUCUUGAAAUGGGUGAAGAAGAAGCUGAGCGACGAAGGCGCAUCUGAGGAUGUAAACCUGAGCUGGUGGAAUCUCCCAGAGAAAACCACGACACAAGAGCAAACAAAAACAGUUCAAACACACACAAGCAGUGUGUGUUCAGUCAUUCAUGUAUAGCAUUACAUUUUGGGCAGAACCCUUUCAGUUUGUCUCAUUAGCUGCGUUCUUCUUAUUUUAAUGCCAAUAGAUUAGCAGUUCUGUUUGCUUCAGUAAACCUCUGCAUAGUCAAAUUUCUACUCAGUUACAUGAAGAGUUUAUUAUAUUCAUUUUCUCCAUCUAAAAGUGUAUAUUUAUAUCUUUAAUUGACUUGAUUCUUCUUCUAGUUCUGAUCACAUUUAUUUGUCUAAAUAAUUUCCUGAUGUUUGCUUGUUAUAAAUAUCGAUUGACUGAAGUGUUUUGUUUGUCCAAGCAGCCAGAAAAGUUGGAAUCAAAUUUGAAACUUAGCAUCUUGUUUGCAUCCACAUGAGGGACAGUAAAUUUCCAUGUGGUUUGCAUCAUUCUUGGGUUUUUUCAAAAUCAUGGUUCAAAGUUAAAGUUAAAAUUCAAGAUCAAGUAAUUUGGAACUGAUUGAUGCUGACAUCUGGUUGGACCUUUAGGACCCUUUUUAGGGCCCGAUUUAACUGUCAGAACUCCCAGCUUUAUUUUGUUGUAUUUGGAACAGCAGACCUUUACUGCUUAAUUAACUUUACACGUCAUUAAAGGUGGUACUUAAAUACACACGACACAAUAUUCAG